GGCACCGAAUAACGAAAGUAAAUGCCCAUGGGAAAGCAACGUUUUAAGAAAGCUCGCCAUUGUAGUAGGACGCAUCGAUGAAAAUGGCGAAAUUGGUAUUUAACGAGCCGCCAUUAUAAGAUAAGAUAGGCGCAAGAGCGAGUAGCGCGCGAAGAGUGCCAGUGCAGCUUGAGUUGCGAUCACGACGAUGUGGACGACGCUCGAUGAGCAUCAUCGGGCCGGAGCUUAAAGCGAUCGAGAAUAGUUUGCUCGGAGGCAAGAAUAAUGGAGAUAUUUGGCGUGAGGUUCGCACCUCUGAACGUACCGCUGGAGCGCCGACUGCAGUCGGCCGCAGUAUUCGUUGGAGUGUUUAUAUUCACCUUCGGAGUGAUGCUCAGUGCGUAUAUUGUGCUGUACGCGAUAAUCGCCGGCGGCGCGUGGUCGAGAUGCUUGAUGCUGGCGUACUUGGUGUUCAUUUACUUCGACAGCAAGUACCACUUGAGCGUGAACAGGCCCGAGUGGCUCUACUGCUUUUACGGGCAGCGUCGGUUUUGGGAUUACUACACGGGCUACUUCCCGAUGAGGUUGAUCAAAACGGCCGAGCUCGAGCCUACGAGGAACUACAUUCUGGGCGCCAUGCCCCACGGCAUCAUUCCGCUGGGCCUGAGCAUAGCCUUCGUGAACGACAGCCUCGACAGCAAGGGCCUGUUUCCCGGACUGGAGUUCAGGCCGCUGUCGCUGCACCUGAACUUCCUCGUGCCGUUCAUGCGGGAGCACCUGUUGAAUCUGAGUGUCUGCAGCUGCGGCAAGGAGAGCAUGGAGCACCUGCUGUCGAGCAAGCCCCGGCACGGCAGGUUCACGGGGCGCGCGCUCGUGCUGCUGGUGGGCGGAGGCAGCGAGGCGCGCAGGAGCAGGCCCGGCAGCUACAAUCUCGAGCUCAAGCGCAAGAAGGGCUUCGUCAAGAUGGCACUGCAGUACGGGACCGCCCUCGUGCCCGUCAUCUCCUUCGGCGAGGCUGACAUUUACGAGCAGAUCGCCGCCCCGGAGGGCUCCCUCCUCGGGCUCAUCCAGCGCUUCGUCCGGGAGUACAUCGGAUUCACGCCCGUCUGGUUCAAUGGCCGUGGCUUCUUUCAAUAUUCCUUUGGCCUCAUGCCCAGGAGAGCGCCGAUCAAUAUCGUCGUGGGCUCUGCGAUGGAUGUCCCGAAAAUUAGCAACCCCAGCGUCGAACAAAUAGACCAGUACCACGCGAUGUUCGUUGAGCAAACGGUCAAGCUAUUCGAGGCCCACAAGUCCAAGUACAUUGCCAACUAUCGAGACGUCUCGUUGAAAUUCGAAUGAUCGAUUUGCAAGUGUGCGCUUGUCGCUCUUAAAGGCUCGAAUGCUUUUGUGCCACGCGAAAAACGGAAAAGCCUGCUUACUCAACUCCUUAUCUGCUACGUCCAGUCAACUUUUUAUUUUAUCUUCAAGGAUUUUCUUUCAUGCGGUAAACAAGUUCAUCACUGCCCGUUCAAAUGGCAUUCGUUCUAACAAGUUUGAUUCGCACGUUAUAUGUAGCGUCCAAGCCAGCCGCCGCUCAUGAUUAAUUAUCAAGGGAAAAUAAA